AUGAUGUACAGCCCAGACUACCGGGGGGUGGACACGGAGCAGGCGCUGUCGGACUUCCGGGCCCGCAUCCGCAAGUACGAGGACGGGUACGAGACGAUCAUGGACCGCACGGUUCACUACAUCAAGCUCAUAGACAUGAUCUGGCUCACGCGCCACGGCGAGUCCCAGUUCAACACCCAGGGCAAGAUUGGGGGCAACUCGCCGCUCAGCCAGCGCGGGCAGAUGUACGCUCAGCUGCUGCCCGAGAUCCUGAACAGCCGCAUACCGCGCGCGGCAGACGGCAAGCAGUACCCGGUGGCAGUGUGGACCUCCACGCUGCAGCGCACCAUCAUCACCGCCUCGGGGCUGCCCUACCCCAAGGUGCAGUGGAAGGCGCUGGACGAGAUCCAGGCUGGGAUGUGCGACGGCAUGACGUAUGAGGAGGUGGCCCAGGACAUGCCGCACGAGUUUGGGCUGAGGCGCAAGGACAAGCUGCGGUACAGGUAUCCCAGCGGCGAGUCCUACAUGGAUGUCAUCCAGCGCCUGGAGCCGGUGGUAACAGAGGUGGAGCGCGAGAAGGAGUGCGUGGUGAUUGUGUCGCACCAAGCCGUGCUGCGGGCGCUGUACGGCUACUUCAUGAACCAGCCGCUGGAGGAGCGAGGGCUAUUGGAGAAGGGCGGGAAACCCCAGGACCCAUCUAGCAUGGCUGAGCUGGCGGCGGCGGAGCUGGUGCGCCAGGAGGAGGUGGGGCUGGAGACGCGGGAGUCGUUGGAUGGGCCGGCGCUGGCGGGGGUGGCGGCAGGGAUGCGGCAGGGGAGCCGGCGCGACAGCUUCAGCGGCGGCCGCAGCGUGUAG